AUGCUGAAGCGACCUCACCCGGAGGACGAAGAAAAUAACACGCAGAAAAGAUCUCGUUCCAAUAAUGCCUCCCCAUUACCCAGUCAAGGGGCUCCGGCCUCUGGCAAGCCCGAUAUCGAGAGAAUGGUGGCUGAGGCAAGAGCGAAGGCCGAAGCUGUACGCGCCAGACUUCAGGCUGCAAGAGGAGGAUCUACACCAUCAGCAGCUCCAAGCCCCAGUCCCACACCUCCGGCCCCUAGCCCUGCAAUGUCUAGAUUGGAACAGAUGAAAGCCAGAGUAGCAGCUGCUACUGGAAGAGCCAAUUCGGCAGCUCAACAACCACCGGCCGUGCCCUCACCAACACCUCAACCCCUCCGCUUCGAAGAAGAAAAUGAUGGCUCCAAAGGCCGGGGUGGUCUGGAUGUCGGCCUUCAUCCGGCUCUGCUCUCAGACACUAUAGAGUUCCGCAGCGGCAAAGGACGGCAAUCUGUGCAGUCGAAAAACCGUCGGACGGAGUCUCCGGCUGCGAGGGGUAGGCAGGAUCGAGCAGGGCUCGAUCUUUCCGGUCCUUCUUUGGAAGAAAUCAAAAACAAUCCGUAUUUUGAUCCGAGUCUCGGUCCGAAAGCUACAAUUGCAAAACCGCGACAAUCGCGACAACUUAUUUUCAACGAAAAGGGUAAAUAUAUACAGCAGGGCGCUGCUCUGCGUCGUCAAGCUCAGUUGGAAGCUAUGAAGAAACGCAUUGCAGAGAGAGCACGACAGGCCGGUAUCGAUGAAGACCUCGACGUCGAAAAGGCUUUCCUUGUUCCGGCUCCACCAGCAAUCGAGUGGUGGGAUGAAGGUUUAGUGGAUGGCGAGGAUUAUUCUACUAUCGAAGACGAACGGAAUCUUAAGAUCGAUACACCUGACUCCAUCGUGACUAUUUAUGUUCAGCACCCAGUCCUCCUCGACCCUCCACAAGAAAAACAUAUGCCCGUGCAGAAACCUAUGUAUCUCACACCGAAGGAACAGGCUAAGAUUCGUCGCCAACGGCGAAUGGCCGAUCUAAAGGAGCAGCAAGCGAAGAUCCGACUAGGACUUGAGCCAGCUCCUCCACCGAAGGUCAAAAAGUCAAACCUCAUGCGAGUGUUGGGUGAACAAGCAGUCAAGGAUCCUACCGCUGUCGAAGCACGCGUAACGCGAGAGAUCGCAGAACGUCGUACAAAACAUGAGGAAUCUAAUGAAGAGCGUAAGCUGACAAAGGAUGAACGUCGAGAAAAGCUCCAUAGGCAACAAGAGCAGGAUGCCGAAAAAGGAAUUCUCAUGUCCGUUUAUCGCAUUGACAGUCUUGCAAACGGACGGAAUCGUUUCAAAAUCAGCAAAAAUGCUGAGCAAAACGCUCUUACAGGGGUCUGUGUCAUGAAUCCUAAAUUCAAUCUUGUGAUUGUUGAGGGAGGUGCCCACUCUAUCAACAACUACAGGAAGCUUAUGUUGAACCGCAUUGACUGGACAGAGAACACAGUUCCGGGCACUGUGCGAGAAGGCAAUCGCGAAGCUCAGACGUCGUGGCUAGCUGCUGAAGAUGAACAAACGGGGGAUUUGAAAGAUCUUAGCUUCAACACAUGCAACCUCUUGUGGGAAGGUCAGGUCAAAGCCCGAAGUUUCCGGAAAUGGUUGGGAGCACGAGUGUGCGAAACAGAUGCUCAAGCGAAGGAUGUCUUGGCUCGAGUAAAGCUGGAGAACUUCUGGGCCCUGGGAAAAAGUGCAAAGCAGAGCGACUCAUGGUCAUGA